AUGUCAUCAGUGGUGCACGGGUCAUAUAAGUUCAAUUCCCUCAAUUGCAAAGUUCACUCUCCGGAUCUGGGAAUAUUAAAGGUGUGCCAAAUUAAGGCGGUUGAUCGCAAGCACAAUCUGAUCAACCUUGUAGCCUUUUUGAAUAAAACCUUAUCAGAGGUUGAGAUCCACUUCAAAAUGGUUAAACGCGAGGUUGGCGGCUGGCAUCCCUUUAUGUACGACAUGCGAAUAGACGUUUGCAAGUUCUUUAAGAAUCGCAGUGGGUUCUUCAUUGCCAAUCUAAUAUAUUCGUUUAUAAAGCCAUUCACAAAUGUAAACCACACCUGUCCGUAUAUGGCUGGCACAGAGAUGCGCCUGUGGAAUUGGUCUCCCAAUGAAGAUGCUGUUUUGGCCAAAUUCCCCGUAGACCAUGGCCAAUACGGCCUACAAACAACGUGGUUCAUCAAAAAAGAGGUGGCAUUGAAAGUAAAUGGAUCUGUACUAUUUUUUAGGUGA